AUGACCAUCCCUGCACAAGGGCUUAGCUCUUUACAGUUGUGGGAUAGUAGAGAUUCGUGUUGGACUUUCUAAAGAUUAGAAUGGUUGAGUGGCCAUAUUAUCAUCUCAGGAAAUCACCUUGCACACUUUAGUGUUUUCAUACAGAAGCUGAUGAUUGCCAUGGCUGGGAAGUUUUCCUUGUUGUUGCUGCUGUUCGGAAUCUACAAGCCAAAGAAUUGGAAGACAAUAAAUUUACUUGAAUUAUAAAUAAACAGGUCUUUUGCAGUCUGGCAAAAUGGCUGAUAGUCCAAACUGUGAUUUGAAAUCUCUCAGUCCGCUCCAGCUGUUUGAAAGAGUAACUGAACAAGGAGAGAAAGUCAGAGCACUGAAAGCAGGAAAAGCAUCAAAGGAUGAAAUUGAUGCAGCAGUGAGGAUGCUAUUAUCAUUAAAACUGUCAUACAAAUCAGCAACAGGACAAGAUUAUCAGGCAGGCUUGCCUCCAAGAGACCUUGUAUUAAUAAACAAUGGAACAACUAAAGAAGAGGAUGAAGAUUUUGUGGACCCCUGGACAGUGCAGACUUCAAAUGCUAAAGGCGUGGAUUAUGAUAAACUCAUAGUUCGGUUUGGCAGCAGUAAAAUUGACACAGACCUGAUCAAUCGAAUUGAAAGAGCCAUUGGGCAAAAACCUCACCGCUUUCUACGUAGAGGAAUCUUUUUUUCUCACAGAGAUAUGGACCAAAUCCUCGAUGCUUAUGAAAAUAAGAAGUCCUUUUACCUUUAUACAGGCAGAGGGCCGUCCUCUCAGGCAAUGCAUGUUGGUCAUCUUAUCCCAUUUGUGUUCACAAAGUGGCUGCAAGAAGUAUUUGAUGUUCCCUUAGUUAUACAGUUAACUGAUGAUGAGAAAUAUCUGUGGAAGGACAUGACAACCGAGAAGGCAUAUGAAUAUGCUAAAGAAAAUGCAAAAGACAUCAUUGCAUGUGGUUUUGACAUCAAUAAAACCUUUAUAUUUUCCGAUUUAGACUAUUUGGGGACAAGUACUGGAUUCUACAAAAAUGUCGUCAAAGUUCAGAAGCAUGUUACAUUUAACCAAGUGAAAGGAAUCUUUGGCUUUACAGACAGUGAUUGCAUUGGAAAGAUCAGCUUUCCUGCUAUUCAAGCUGCUCCAUCCUUCAGUUCAUCAUUUCCACAGAUAUUCAAUGGCAAGGAGAACAUUCAGUGUCUUAUCCCAUGUGCUAUUGAUCAGGACCCUUAUUUUAGAAUGACUCGGGAUGUAGCGCCUAGGAUUGGACAACCUAAGCCAGCCUUACUGCAUUCGGUCUUCUUCCCAGCCCUACAAGGAGCACAGACAAAAAUGAGUGCUAGUGACCCUAACUCCUCCAUCUUCCUCACAGAUACACCCAAGCAAAUCAAGACAAAGAUUAACAAGCAUGCCUUCUCAGGAGGCAGAGAUACCAUUGAAGAGCAUAGGAAGUAUGGAGGUAACUGUGAUGUUGACGUGUCUUUUAUGUACCUGACUUUCUUCCUAGAAGAUGAUGACAGGCUUGAACAACUGAAGCAGGCAUACACAAGUGGGGAAUUGCUCACAGGGGAGCUGAAGAAGGUACUCAUUGAAACACUGCAGCCCUUGAUAGCAGCUCAUCAAGAGAGACGGAAGCAGGUCACAGAUGAAAUGGUGAAGCAGUUCAUGACUCCACGGAAGCUAGCUUUUGAAUUUUGAAGAAACACGUAUGUAACUUAUUACCUGAUAAACCAAAACUGAGUAACUGUUGCCUUCUGUUGUAUGUCAUCACUCCCUAGUUAUGUACAGCCUGCAAUCAGUGCUUUAUAAAUACUGCUGUUAAUGUGUUAAUUAUCUUGUAUGGCAGAGUACAUGAAAAGUUUAAAAUAGGAACUUGUAUCUAUUUAAAAUCAGAAUAUACAAAAUAGAAUUGCCCAAUCUCGCAGAAAAGCAUGUCUUUCAAUACAACAUUGUUAUUUAUUGUAUUUCAUGUUGAAAAUAUAAAAUAAAAGUUCCAUUUUGAUGAUAAAACCUAAGUUAUAAAUUGUUCUAAAUACAUUGGUAAGAGGUCAUACCUCAACAUAAUAACUAGUAACUCCAUUUUCUUUUCUACCAUGUACCUUGAUAUAGUAGACCGCAUGUCCUUUUGAGCUACUGGGAACAUAGAAUCAUAGAAUAGUUAGGGUUGGAAAUGACCUUAAGAUCAUCUAGUUCCAACCCCCCUGCCGUGGGCAGCAACACCUCACCCUAAACCAUAUCACCCAAGGCUUCAUCCAACCUGGCCUUGAACACUGCCAGGGAUAGUGACUAUUACAGAGUAGAUUACACAGUACUUAGGCCUGGGAUUGAUGCAGAAAGAAUGGAGAUCUGCAAGUUGAACAUAAGAGAAAGAGCAUCAGACUGGUUUUGUCAUAGUCUUCCGUUCUGACCUGGAGCAAGUCACAGAAAUCUCACUGUACUUUUGUUUCUGCAGCUAUUUAACUGGUCUGACUGCUUCUGGAGGGAGGAGGUUAUCGUAAGGUUGAAAAGUUUGUUAAUGUUCUCAGGUGCAUAGCAUAGGCAUGCAAAUUUUUGUUUCUAGUUAUAAAAAAUAUCAAGUGUUAAAUCAUACUGUGAAAAUGAAAUAACUGCUGGAUACUUCUGGUACUGUCUGUUCUGUUUUAUUGCACCAAGUCAUUUCAAUUAGGGGAACUUAUUGUAAGAUCUAUUCCAGUGAGAAAGUAUACUUUGUUAAAAUACCUCACAUACUAUUUAAUUAUCUCCUUUCUUAAAAAGAACUUCAGUGGCUUUGCUAUGAUUUAUGAACAAAAAAUUCAAAUUAUUGGCUAAUUUGGUUUGAUAUGUACAGUGCUGAAUACAAACUUAGAUCUAUCUUGGUUUUAUAUAGAAUAGAAAGUUGCUAGCCCAGAUGUAGUCUUAUCUACAUCAAAUAAAAAUACCUUUCAUAACA